CAGCGCCGAAAGAGAGGAGUCGCUCAGAGAAAGGUCACGUGCAGCGCCAUGGCGGAAAGGUGCAAGAGAGUCUCCUAUUGGACGGUGGAGGAGGUGCAGAGAUGGGUCCAACAGCAGUAUCCCACUGGGCAGACUGCCUUUCUGCUGGCGGUCGCAAGUCACUCCAUUUCAGGUCGGGCCCUGCUGAGGAUGGGCGAGCUCCAGCUCAGCCGGAUGGGGAUUGCACCAAAGCAGCAGCAGGAGAUCCUGCAGGGCGUCAUGCUCCUCCGUGUCCAGGAGGAGCUGGAGAACAUCAACGACAUCUUCUCAGAGUGUUUCUCCUUGUGACCAGAGGCAGAGGGGAAAGGAAGGCAUCAGCUUUCAGGAGCGCUGACCCGAGGAAUUCUGGGAUAUUGAUUUCACCACGGUACUAUACUUCCGGACAGUGGACGGGUUGCCUCUCGCUGUGCGCUGCUCCCCGUGUUCCUCUCUCUCUGUAAACACAGUGUCCGGGCCUCUGUGUGGCUGCUGAUGCUCAGAGAAAUCAUCUUUCGCUCUCAGCAAGGGAGCUCCGGACCAGAACAGCACCGCAACCGGAACCGCGUGCUCCCUUUAAAACGCCAAAGCCCUGCUGAGUUACUGUCCCGAGACCCCCCUGCGAGUCCAGAUGUGGAGCGGGGAAAUGAGCACCGGCGUCCACGCGGCUGGCCGCGAACGCGAUGCAGAUAGCAGCCGCGUGCCGGCGGUGCCUCGUAAGCACUUUGGUUCAGGGGAGCGUGAGGAGAAAUCAUUUCACGGGGGGUUGUUUUUGCCAGAAGCUGUAUGGCCUUAAAGGGCCGUCAUUCCAUUUCAGCCACAUACAGACACGUUUAUCUUUUUCCACAGCUUUGCCUGCCUUUGCUCUCUCGCUUCUAUUGUUUGUCACACAUUUGUAUUGUACAUGGUGCCAUGAGUAUUAUUGGAAUGUUUUUGGUGAGAUAGGUGCUUUGGCCAUGGUCACUCAAAGACCAUUUAGUGCAUUAAAUCUGCAUAUCGUAUUUUUCUUAUGUUUUCACUUUUCCCUUGCGCGUAGACUGAAUUGACUUGCAAGAGUCAUUGGUGAGUUAGAUUUCAUUUUUCCAUUUUUUUAAAUAAUUUCUUGGAUUUGUGUUUAGAAACUUUUCUUUGUACUUUGUUCUGAUACUUUCAGAAUAGGCACAACAAUAUUGUUCAUAUUAUUUCAUUGUAAAAUGUCUUUCCCGCAUUGAAUGACGCAUUGAUUGUUUUGUCCCAUGAUUUUUGGCAUGAUGCAUUUCAGAAAUAAAGCACU